AUGCCUCCUUAUCUUUAUUAUCAGCAGCAGCCUGAAAUUAGAGAUCCGCUUUCUUCCUCUUAUACUUGUUCACAAUAUAUUUCUAUUGAGAACAUCCCUACUGCUGCCAAUUUCACUGUUACUCCAGUAAAGGUAGAUAUUGUUUCUGAUAAGCCUGCACCCAAGAAUAGGCCACAGGCCUUAGAUCUGCUGGAUGUUGAAACAGAAACAACAGAGACACUUACACAAUCUAGUAUAACAGAAUUACUUUCAUCAAAAUUCAGGGAAGUUAGUAAUAGAAUCAAGGAAUAUAGUGUUCCUCCAAAUUCACCUCAUUACAGAAAGAGAAUUGUUUCAAAGUGGGAGGCUUUAAAUUAUGAUGCCUGGGAAAAUGAAAUUUCUAUGGCUGAAAAUGAGGCGAAGUCCAAGAAAGAAGUUCGGAAAACCUGGCUGAGCCGUUAUUUUGUUAUGCUGAUGACUGGCAUUGCAACAGGCUUGGUGGCCUUAAUCAUUCAUUUGGCUGUGGAAUAUGGAGCUUAUUACAAAUUUAAACUGAUCAAAUAUUGUAUCCUUUCAUAA